UGCUUCUCUAAAUAGAACGUAUUGUAAUCUUUUCUCAGUCCAACGUGGUUCCUUCUGAGAGUCUGCUGCGUAUUUUCUACACUUGUUUGUCUUAUGAGGAGUUGGUGAGAGUGAUGAACUCUGAGCAGGAAAGGCCGUUUGUGUGCAGUGCCCCUGGCUGUUCUCAGCGAUUCCCCACAGAGGACCACCUGAUGAUUCACCGGCACAAACAUGAGAUGACUCUGAAGUUUCCCUCCAUAAAGAUCGACAGCAUGUUAUCAGACCAGACGCCGACCCCGACGCGCUUCCUGAAGAACUGUGAGGAGGUGGGUCUGUUCAGCGAGCUGGACUGUUCUAUAGAACAGGAGUUCAGGAAGGCCCAGGAGGAAGAGGACAACAAACAGGUAGACAAGAUGACAAAUAUAUCUCUACAUGGCCAGAACCUCCAGAACCAGCAGCAUCAUUCUCGGAUGGGGAACCAUGACAACAGCAUAGUGAUCCAGCAGGGCCUGCCCUCUCCCCAGUCCAGCUCUGUCAUCACCCAGGCCCCCUCCACCAACAGACAGCUAGGGCCUGUCCCUGGCUCCCUGUCAUCACUACUGCACCUACGGAACAGACAGAGACAGCCACUGCCUGCCUCCAUGGCUGGAACUCUGCCAGACCCCACCAUGCAAGGCUCCUCUGUACUGAUGCCUAUGGAGAGGCAGAUGUCUAUGUGUUCCAGUAUGAUGGGUAUGCAGGGCCCCAACCAUCCCAGCUCCUGUUCCUCUCCUCACGGACCCUCCAUGCACUCUGAGGCCAAACUGAGGCUGAAGGCGGCGCUAGCGCACCACCCGGGAGCCAUCGCCAACGGCAACAUGAACAGCAUGGGUCACAUGAUGGAGAUGAUGUCAUCGCGGCAGCAGCAGGAGCAGGGGGGCGGCCACCACCACCUUCACCCCUCCCACCCUCACCAGCACCUGCCGGCUCCGCCCCACAGCCACGCCUACCAGCACCACCCCCACCAUCACCACAGCGGCCACAGCCAGGGCGGGCAUGGCCAGGGCGGGCACCACCACCCACAGGGCCACAACCCCCAUCACAACUCCCACCUGCCUCACCUCCACCCUGGACACCCACACCAGACCUCACCCCCGCCUCACCUCCACCCUGGGCACCCACACCAGACCUCACCCCCGCCUCACCUCCACCCUGGACACCCACACCAGACCUCACCCCCGCCUCACCUCCACCCUGGACACCCACACCAGACCUCACCCCACCCUCCACUUCACUCUGGACCAGGGUCACAUUCACAGUUGUCGCCGGCGGCCCAGCAGAUGCAGCCGAGCCAGACGAUGCAGUCUCCGACCCCUAGCGGUGGACGCCGCAGGCGGACGGUGGACGAGGACCCUGACGAACGGCGGCGGAAGUUUCUGGAGAGAAACCGAGCGGCGGCCACGCGAUGCAGACAGAAGAGGAAAGUAUGGGUGGUGUCACUGGAGAAGAAGGCUGAAGAGCUGACCCAGACCAACAUGCAGCUUCUGAAUGAGGUGACCAUGCUGAAGAACGAGGUGACCCAACUCAAGCAGCUCCUCCUCACCCAUAAAGACUGCCCCAUCACCACUCUGCAGAAAGACUCCCAAGGUUACCUCAGUCCAGACAGCAGUCCAGCAGGCAGCCCGGCCCCAGCCUGCUCCCAGCAGCAGGUCAUCCAGCACAACAACAUCACCACCUCCAGCACAGCUGUAGGGGGCAGCACUGUGCACGGCCUGCCCAACCACCGCACAGACAUCAACCCCAUCCACUAGAGACAAGACAGAGAGAGACUACAGUACCCCCCCAGUCCGUACCCCCAGCCCCCAACCCGUACCCCC